AUGCAGCACUCAGUUUACCCAGACGGCACAUCGCCUGUUGUCGCGGUUCAGCUCAAGAGGGCCCGGUCCUCUGAGGAGUCGAGCAGCGCGACAGCGUCGGACUCCCAGACGUCGGAGGCCUCCUCUUCGAGCGAUUCCCAGGGCCGGGCGCAUAAACGCGUGAAAGCCCCACAUGCAUGUGACGUCUGUGGUAUGUUGUGUGCAACACCUUCUAAACUAAAAGUGCACAUACGAGUUCACACGGGCGAACAGCCUUACGCCUGUAAGUUUACUGGCUGUAGUAAAAAGUUCUCACGAUCUGACCAGCUCAAACGCCAUAUGCGUACACACACCGGCGAACAGCCUUUUGCAUGUGAUUUCGCUAGUUGCGAUAAAAAGUUCUCAACGUCCUGUAGUCUCAAAACACAUAUGCGUACACAUACCGGCGAUCAGCCUUUUGCAUGUGAUUUCGCUAGUUGCGAUAAAAAGUUCACGCAAUCUCAGCAACUCAAAAGCCAUAUGCGUACACACACCGGCGAACAGCCUUACGCCUGUAAGUUUACUGGCUGUAGUAAGAGGUUCUCAUUGUCUCAGCAUCUCAAAAACCAUAUGCGUACACAUACCGGCGAACAGCCUUACGUGUGUAAGUUUACUGGCUGUAGUAAAAAGUUCUCACGAUCUGACCAGCUCAAACGCCAUAUGCGUACACACACCGGCGAACAGCCUUACGCCUGUAAGUUUACUGGCUGUGGUAAGAGGUUCUCAUUGUCUCACAAUCUCAAAAGCCAUAUGCAUACACAUACUGGCGAUAAGCCGUAUGUCUGCGAUUACACCGGUUGCAAUCGAGCGUUCGCGCAGUCGAGUGCUCUCAACACGCACAAGCAAAUACACUCGCCGUGUGUCCACUGCGACAGCCCCGGGUCCUUGGCUGGCAUCGACGCGUGUGCCGACUGCGCCGGGACCAGGCUCGACCUCUACGGAUGCACUGUCGCCAAUUGCCGCGGCCUUGGGACGCGUGGGCCGGACGGGGCGCGGAUCUGCCGGGCCCACUACAACAACGGCGUGUGCGCCUGCACGUCGCCGUGCUACUCGAGAGCCGCCGGCGCCUGCUUCGACUGCAUCCCGGACGACAGCCCACAGCUCAAAGGACUCGGUCUCGCCUGCUCCGUGGACAACGCGAAGGUCUGCACUCCCAACGCGACUGUCUGUAGCGCGUGUAUCACCGAGUAUGGCCUCGGCAACGCGUCACUUGAGUCAUUGGUCAUCAACACCGUCGCCCUGAUCCUCGGCAUGGACACUCGUUCUAUUUUUAUGACCCGCGAGGUUAUCAUCAAGGCCUGUGACCCGUCCAAGAACGCCUGCGGCAAAGUCAACGGUGGUGCCAGGGGCGACUGGGGGCUCCGGGGCCUGAACUGCAUCAAUUUCAUUGAGAUUGACGACGCCAAAGGUCACAGCAAUUAUGAUAUCGUUAAGGAAAUUUCUCGCCUCAACCUCUUGGACGGCAUGAUGGAUGGGGAGUACAACGGGACUGGUCGGCACCUGACGGUGGGGUGCACGCGCUUUAGCGGCGAGUCCGGGUGGGAACUCGAGCAGCUCCGCGGCUUUGCCCAGGUGGUGCGCGACACUAACCGGGUCCUCGAGGAGAACCCGUCAGACCGGUUGCGCCUUACCCUGUGCAACUUUAGCAAGAACAACAAGUUCCGAGGGGCCUUGGCGUCGACGGGCGAGGAUUACGACCCGAAGAACGAGAAAACUGAGAAGAUUGUCCUGGACGACGACAUCGCCCAGUGGACCUGGGCGUCCGGUGAGCACAAGACGGCCGUUGAGCGCGAGGCUCGCCACACGGAGAUCCUGCACACAAUGAAGAUUUCGAAGCACUGCAUAUGUGCCUCACAGCUUGGGACGGUCAGGGAGCAUAUGUGCACAGCCAAGGUGGCCAAAGAGGGCGAGAUAUUCUGCAACCGCUGCCUGAAAAAACCCAAGGCGAAAAGAGUGAUAUUUGAUCGCAAAUGA